AUGUUGUUCAAACGUAGAUCACCGAAACAGUUUCGUGAAAGAGGCUGUAGAAGAGAAGAGGUGACCUCAAUUGACGAUACAUGUACAAAUAAUAAUCAAACUACAUGGACAUAUAAUCAAGGUGUAAUAUUAUCUGGCUUAGCACUAUUAUACAAUGCUACGCAUAAUUCAACAUUGAUUAGUAUUGCACAAAAAAUAGCGGAUGCAACAAUACAACGAUUAACAUAUUCAAAUGGAAUAUUAAAAGAACCAUGUGAACCUACGUGCGAUGAUGAUCAGAAACUAUUCAAAGGUAUAUUUGUUCGCCAUUUAGCUUAUUUAUUGUUUUAUCUCACAGAUACGUUUCAUAUACAAAAAUAUACUACAUUUUUACAACAGAAUGCAGUGUCGGUUUGGACUAUGAAUCGAUGUGAACUGGAUGGCUUAUUUGGUCUAGUUUGGAAUAAUGAUUCGUGUAAUAGUUGUGAGUCAUCACGAGAUAGUGCUACGACUUCAGCUGGAUUAGAUUUGUUCAUAGCUGUUGCAAGUAUCAAACAACAAGCAGCAGUAUCGUCGAACUGGAAAUUACUUGGUCAGGGCAAUUGUAUAGAUGAUCAAAAUUUUACUAUGCCAAAUUUUUAUAGAAACGAAGUAAAUGAAACUGUUUGCCGUAUGACGGCAAGCGCGGACAGUGGUGCUAUUGCAUAUGAUUAUCAAUUAAACUGUGUCGGAAUCGGGUUCUGCCGCAUACGUACAUUGUCUAGUCGAAGUCAAACACCUUCAGGAUGGACGUAUGAAAAUGGUAUUGCACAUAAUGUUACACGUACAGAUAAAAUGGUACUUACAAACUGUUUUCUAAGGACGAAUUCGACAUAG